UGGGGCCACUGAAGGCAGGAUCAGUGAUGACCUCCACCAUGGCGUGGUCCCCUCUCUUCCUCACCCUCCUCGCUCACUGCACAGGGUCCUGGGCCCAGUCUGUGCUGACUCAGCCGCCCUCAGUGUCAGGAUCUGUGGGCCAGAGAAUCACCAUCUCCUGCUCUGGAAGCACAAACAGCAUUGGUAUACUUGGUGUGAACUGGUACCAACUGCUCUCAGGAAAGGCCCCUAAACUCCUCGUAGAUGGUACUGGAAAUCGACCCUCAGGGGUCCCUGACCGAUUUUCUGGCUCCAAAUCUGGCAACUCAGGCACUCUGACCAUCACUGGGCUUCAGCCUGAGGACGAGGCUGAUUAUUAUUGUCAGUCCAUUGAACCCAUGCUUGGUGCUCCCACAGUGCUCUGGGCCUAUGUGGAAAUGAGACACAACACUGCUGUCCCUAGAACAAUGGCAGUGCCUGUGAAACCCUGGCCUUAGGGCAAAGUCAGCUGCUUCUUUGAUAUGAACUGAGUUCUGAGA